AUGGAGAGGAGGAAAUUCCAGAAGAUGGCUGAGGAGCUCAGGGAGUCAAGGGAUAAAGGACAGUCCCCCCCAGAUGUGGCGAGGGCCAGACGGGCCCCAGUGGACCUCCAGUCCCCCAAAGAAGUGGCAAGGGCCAGCCGGGCCCCAGUGGACCUCCAGACCCCCCAAGAAGUGGCGAGGGCCAGCCGGGCCCCAGUGGACCUCCAGCCCCCCCAAGAAGUGGCGAGGGCCAGCCGGGCCCCAAUGGACCUCCAGUCCCAUCCAGAUAUGGCGAGGGCCAGCCGGGCCCCAAUGGACCUCCAGUCCCAUCCAGAUAUGGCAAGGGCCAGCCGGGCCACAGUGGACCUCCAGCCCCCCCAAGAAGUGGCGAGGGCCAGCCGGGCCCCAGUGGACCUCCAGUGCCCCUCAGACGUGGUUAGGAACAGUCUGGCCUCAGCGGACCUCCAGGGCCACCCAGACCCCUUGUUGCAUCCUCACCUGGUCAGCCGACCUUUGUGGUUUCUUCUGGGUAUCCUGCCUUGGAGACUUUUCUGGGUCUGCCUGUCUUGCCUGGACCCCCUGGCCCCCCAGGUCCUGAAGUUGCUGGGUCAGUGGGACCCAUAACUGACACUUGCCCCCGCCAUUCUGGUGUCAGAUAUAACCCCAGACACCCUGGUGACAUUGGACAUCGCCCAACUUUAUGAACAUUUCAAAUAGAACAAAUCUUCCUAUUAGUAUUUUGGUCGUUCAUAUAGGGCAGACAGACAAGUUCUCUACUUUCUCCCCCUUGUCACUUGCCUCCUUUAUUGCAUUAAUGCUGCAAUCACUUGGUUGAAUGUACAGUAUGUAUACAUCCUAUUUAUAAUAUUGUUA